AUGGCACCAAUCAAGACCAUCGAGUACUUCCGGGUCAAGCCCCGCUGGUUGUUCGUCAAGAUAGUCGAUACAGAAGGCUUCAGUGGAUGGGGCGAGGCAACGCUCGAAGGUCAUACUAAAGCCGUAGAAGGCACCUUAGAUGGCUACAUCGACCGCUUUGUAGGGCUUGAAGCAGAAGAUAUCGAGCAUAUCUGGCAGCUUGCUUGGCGGCAAAGCUUCUAUCGCGGUGGCCCGGUAUUCAUGAGUGCACUCGCAGGCAUCGAUAUCGCACUCUGGGAUCUCAAAGCUCGAAAACUCGGUGUGCCGAUUCAUCAACUACUUGGCGGCAAAGUCAGACAAAAGGUACAAGUGUAUGCUUGGAUUGGAGGUGAUCGACCUUCGGAUGUUGCUGAAGCUGGCAAAGGAAGACUUGCUCAAGGCUUCCGUGCUGUCAAGAUGAAUGCUACCGAAGAUGUUGGUUGGUUGGAUUCACCGUCGAAGUUGGAUUCUGCUGUUGAGAGGGUCAAGACUGUUAAGAGUUUGAGUUUGGAUGUUGCUUUGGAUUUUCAUGGGAGGCUGCACAAGGCCAUGGCGAAGCAGUUGGCCCGAUGGGACUUCAAGAGAUACUUAGAAGUAGAUGUCCUCCAGCCCGAUAUCUCACACUGUGGAGGUAUCUCUGAGAUGAGGAGGAUCGCGGCUAUGGCGGAGACCUAUGAUGGUGAGUUAUCUCUUUUCUCUAGUUCGUCGCAAGCAAGUCAUAUUGACGAAACACANGUUGCCAUUGCACCGCAUUGUCCACUGGGACCCAUUGCUCUUGCAGCAUGUUUGCAGAUUGGUCUUUGCACACCCAACCACAUGAUUCAAGAAAUGUCUGUUGGCAUGCACUACAAUACUGAGGCUGGUGAACAUGAUAUCCACAGCUACGUACUCNNCAACUCGGAGAUCUUUAAGGUUAAGGAUGGAUACUUGGAUGCCUUCACUGGACCAGGCUUGGGAAUUGAGGUUGAUGAGGAGGCGGUGAGAAGAGUGGCCGAGAACACACAGCCCUGGUUGCUGCAAGGAUUUGUCGGUGUUGAUGGUGGUUUGAGAGAGUGGUGA